UGGGGUGGGUUUCUGGUUUCGGCUGUCGGCUGUUGGUAAGGGGCGUCCUUUGGCUUUGCUGGCCGCUGAUACCGUUAGCAAAUUCAGUCACACCACGGCCAGCGCGCAGUAAGCACCAGAGACCACGUCAAGGCGCAGCUGAAAGCCCGAGGAGAGAGAACCUGCAACACGAGAAAGCCAGGGGACGCGCAGGGGCGCCCAGAAACACAAAGUUACAGUUACUGUUGUUAUUUUUUUGCUGUUUUUGUUGUUUUUUAUUGCCAAGAAUCGCACCCAGUGUCAGUGCUACGAGCUCGCCUCAAAAAUGUAAAGUAAAGCCGAGAGCCAGAGUCCCAAAGCCUAGCAAUAAUUAGUGAUCUUAGCCGCAGAACCCAAGCGCAGGAUGUCGGACCAGCAGAGAGCCUCCCUGUGUCCCCGCCUGGUGGAUUACAUGGCCAUUGUGGGGGCCCACACGACGCCGCCCAUGCCGAAGGGCCUCCAGGGCCUCAAGGCCCCUCCCGUGCAGGUGCCCGAUCUACUGCGACGGUAUCCGCCCUCCGAUCAUGCCGACUUCCCCCUGCCCCUGGACAUGGUCUACUUCUGCCAGCCGGAGGGCUGCACCAGCGUAGGACCCCGGCGCACGGGAUCCGCCAUCCGGGACAUGACCUCCUUCGUCUUCGCCCUGACGGACAAGGACUCGGGCAAGACGCGCUACGGCAUCUGCGUGAACUUUUACAGGCCCAUCGAGCGUCCCAGCUCCGCGGCUGGAGGGGCGGGAGUUGGGGGCGACCGGUCGGGCAACGGUGGCGGUCACGGAGGUGGCGGCGGAGCUGGAGGCGGUGGCGGCGGUGGCCGGGGCGGCAGGCGCUCCUCGGCCUUCAGACGCGAGUCCUGGCGGAAGAGCAUGGAGCGCAGCUCGGACUCCGCUUUUAGCAGUUACGGCCUCUUAACUACUUCUAGCGACUACAGAAGUAACGUAGCGCCCAGCGAUUCGGACCGUGAACUAACCUCGCGCCGCGACUCCGACCAGCAGCGGCUGCACCACCAGUCGCAGCACCACCACCAGGGCCACCACGGCCACCCCGGCCAUCCGGGCCACCACCACGUGCCCAAGCUCGGCCUGAUGGCCCCCUCGGCGGACUCGGAGUCGGGGGGCAGCCACUCGCCCUCGCCGCGCGCCUCGCGGAAGCGGACGAAGCUGCGCAACCAGUCGCUCACCUCGCUCUGCAUCAUCUCGCACCACCCGUUCUUCACCACCUUCCGGGAGUGCCUGUUCAUCCUGAAGAAGCUGAUCGAUGCCUGCAACGAGUCCUCCUCCCCGAAGCGGGUGGGCGCCUCCCAGAAGAUCAACAGGGACAAUGUGUGGACGGUGCUGACGGGACAUGCCAGCGAGGCCACGCCCUCGAUUGUCCUGCACGAUGUGCGGGAGAUCGAGACCUGGAUCCUGCGACUGCUCUCGACUCCGGUCCCAGUUCCAGGUUCCACCAGAGUAGAGGUCGAGGUACUAUCCCCCACGGUGCACGAACCCUUGCUCUUCGCCCUGCCAGACCACACACGCUUCUCGCUGGUGGACUUUCCGCUCCACCUGCCCCUGGAGCUGCUCGGCGUGGAGACCUGCCUGAAGGUCUGGACCCUGAUCAUGCAGGAGAACAAGGUGCUGUUCCAGUCGCGCGACUACAACGCCCUGUCGAUGUCGGUCAUGGCCUUCGUCACCAUGCUGUAUCCCCUGGAGUACAUGUUUCCGGUGAUCCCGCUCCUGCCCACCUGCCUGAGCUGCGCGGAACAGUUGCUGCUGGCGCCCACUCCUUUCGUGAUCGGAGUGCCGGCCUCCUUCCUGGUCUACAAGAAGAACUUCCGCCUACCGGAUGAUAUCUGGGUGGUGGACCUGGACUCCACCAAGCUGACGCCGCCAACUGGGGGCUAUGAGGAGAUACCACCGCUACCUGAGCCAGAGGGCACCAUCCUGAAGAACCACCUGAAGCAGGCUAUGCUACUGAUGGAUGAAGCUGGACUUGGUGCACUCACUUCGAUGACGGCCACCAACCAGGCGGUGUCCUCCCAGCAGCUCCUGCCAUCCGUGCGGGAUAGUCUUCAGGAGCCGCCCUUGCUGGGGGUCUCCCAAGUCCGGCUGCCACUGCAGACGCCUCCCCACUCGGCCCAGGCUAGCCAGAGGAACUCCGUGUCCGCCCAGGGCACCAUCAGUUCUCGACAGCCCAGUCCGAUGAAUUCGCCGGCUCUGAAUCCCUUCGUCUACGGAACGGAUGUCGACUCCGUGGACGUAGCCACCCGAGUGGCCAUGGUGCGGUUCUUCAACGCCCAGAACACACUGGCCAACUUUGCGGAGCACACGCGCACUCUGCGCCUCUAUCCGCGUCCGGUGGUCGCCUUCCAGAUCAACAGUUUCCUGCGGUCCAGGCCGAGGGCCUCCCAGUUCCUCAACCAGUUUGCCCGCACCCAGGCCGUGGAGUUCCUGGCGGAGUGGUCUCUGACCCCCACCAACGUGGCCUUCCUGCGGGUCCAAACCGGAGUGAUGGACCCCAUGCAGGUGGGUGACAAGCCCAAGUGGUUCGCCCACGCCCUGACCCCCAUCCGGUUCUCGGUGUGGGACGACGGCAGCUCCCUCAACGGAGCUCUCCGCUCCCUGAAACAGCUAGAGUGCCAGCCCACGGAUGAGAGUGGCUCCGACUCAGAGGGGGCGGACAGCAGCAGCUCCUCGUACAGCUCCCUGAGCGACUUCGUGUCGGAGAUGGCCUCUUCGGACCUCUCACCCAGCCUCCACGACGUCUUCGGCUCCUACAACCGGCCGCACGUGGUGCCCCAAACCCUUUCCUCCAACCUGGAUCCCGCCCUCGUUUACCAUCCGCCCAGCAAGCUGCAGUACCCCGAAGGCAUUCAGGACGCCGCGGCUAGCAAAAAAGAGGAGGAGGAGGAGGACGAACGGGCCGACUCACCAGUCUCCUCCUCGUCCAGUCGCUCGGACCUCAGCUCGCCCAGUUUCAAUCGGGACUCGGAGUUCGACUUUCAGCCGAAGGGCAGCGCCCAGGCGGGAGUUCCUGGCCCGGGAGCCGGCGGAGGAGCUGGCUUCGAACUGGCCACACGGCUGGAGGCCACCAUCAAGUUGGCCAGCGUGGAACAAGAGGCGGAGCCGGAUACCAGAAGCUCCAAGGUGCCGCCGGGCAAGCUUCAGCGGCAUCCCAGCGAUUCGGAGCGACACGAAAAGAAGCUUCCGCCACCACUUACUCCGCCGAUCAAGCAGCCGGGUGUCAGCAACAUCCUGGCCAGGACGGGCAGCUCCGGAUCCAGUUCCAGCAGUCCGGGUCGCCAGAGCUCACAGAGUUCGCUCUUCGAGAACUUUGCCUCCCACGCCAAGGAGCUGGUGAGAGAGACGACGCGCCAGAGCAGUCAGGAGGGUCUCCUGGCGCACGUGGACAAGCAUGCGCAGGACGAAGAUCUUGACGACAAAAUGCGUCAUACCUUCGAAAAGUUCACGCUCCACGCCAAAAAGGCAGCCGGCGAGGCCUCCAAGCAGGCCCUGGAGGUGUCCAAACAGGCAGCAGGGGUGAGCAAGAACACCCUGGAGGAUCUCACCUACGUGGGAAAGUCCACCCUGGGCGAUCUGACGAAGACGGCCAAGGAGGCGGCUACCAAGAAGGGCAUCAUCAAAAUCGAGGAUCACCAUGGAGGGCCACCGUCUUCGCCGGUACCGGGGGGAUCUGUGCCUCCGUUGAAGGCUCCUCCCGGAUCCCAGCUGGCGACUCAGAAGCAGGUCCAGCAGAGCGGCGGCACCGGAGGCAACAACUUCUUCUCCUCCAUAGGCAGUGACUUCAAUGGGCUGGCCUCCUCCACCUCCACCAUGUUCUCCGGGAUGUUUGGCAAAAAGAACCAGCAGAAGCAGGCUGCAGUGCCUCACAAAGCACCAGUGCCCUCCGCAAAGGCUAAGACCGGAGGUCUUAACUUUGAUCCCUUCCCGGGCAGGAAGGGUUUGGUCGAGCGCACACCGCUGAUCAAGCACUCGGGUCCGCGACAGACCCAGGAGGAGCUGACUCGGCAACAGAACCAGGAGCGCUCGCACAGCAACGCAGAGAACCAGGCUUUCCUGAAGGACGUCACUAACCAGGUCCUGGCCGGUGAGGGGGUGGGCUGGCUGAAGCUGAACCGCUUCAAAAAACUGAUGGAGGACGAGUCCUACCGCACCCUGGUGCUCAGCAAGCUCAACAAGACACUGGACAAGAAGAUAGCGCCCGACGACCACAUCGAUGACGUGUGCGUCACCAAGCCCAUUUGGAAGGGAAUGCUCAAGUGCGUCCAGGCCAUAGCCGCUGGGUUGGACGUCACCUUCGGGAACUACGGCUUGGGCGGUAUGGCAUCCGUGUUCCAGCUGAUGGAGGUAGCCCACACCCACUACUGGAGCAAGGAGAUCAACGACGGCAGCGACAUGUCCUCCAGUCUUCUCUCCAGCCACGCGGCAAGUCCCAUGGGCAGUCGGGAGAACCUACGCUCCCCUAGCUCUCCCAACGGCUCCCAUUCCGGGCUGGGGAGCGAGUGGGCUUCGCCCCAGGAGUCGCGCAAGAGCUCCACCCAGCUGCCGCCCUCAGGAGCUGGUGCUGGAGGCACUCCGGCCGCCAACCGGCGCUUGUCCUCGGCGGACAGCCAGGACGGCCAGUCCACGACGGAGAUGUUCAAGGAUAUGCUGUCGCAGAAGAGAAGUGCCUUGAAGAACAUGCUCACCUCCUUCGACUCGGAUGCAGCCGGAUCUACGGGCGCGCUCUCCGUGGUCAGCGAUCUCCUCCCGACCGGCAGUCUGGGCGUCCGCUUGCCCUCCAGCUGCCGGUCCACCGUCUCGGACACCGAGUACGAAAAUACAACCACGUCAAAGGACUCAAAGAAGAGUACCGGAAACCUGUGGUCAGGCAAGUCAACACUGAGCGCCGGCUUCCGGUAUACGGGCGGACACCUGAUCAACACCUCGUCUUCGCCUUCUCCGGACAGUCCCCGGGUGUACCUGUUCGAGGGGCUACUGGGCAAGGACCGCCUGAAUCUGUGGAACCAGAUGCAGUUCUGGGAGGACGCUUUCUUGGAUGCAGUUAGCCAGGAACGUGACAUGAUUGGAAUGGACCAGGGCCCAAUUGAGAUGAUGGAACGGUACAAGUCCCUGAGCGAAUCGGAACGCAAGAGGCUGGAGCACGACGAGGAUCGCCUGCUCUCGACCAUGCUGUACAACCUGACGGCCAUCCUGGUGAUGCUGAACGUCAGCAAGGACGAGAUCCGGCGCAAGAUCCGCCGACUGCUGGGCAAGAGCCACAUAGGCCUGGUGUACUCGCAGGAGGUGCACAAUGUGGUCGAUCAAAUCAACAAUUUGAAUGGCAACGACAUUGACCUGAAGCCACUGGGCUCGCGGCUCCUUCACCGCCAGAGCUUCACCGUCCACCAGGGCACGGACGUGAACGGACCGCUCCGGUUCAUGGAAGUGCGGGACGACGGCCUGGUGCUCCGCUCGGUGGACGGUACCAUUGUGGAGCGCUGGUGGUACGAGCGGCUGGUCAACAUGACGUACUCUCCGAAGACCAAGCUGCUCUGCCUGUGGCGCCGCAAUGGGGGUCAGACCCAGUUGCACAAGUACUACACAAGGAAGUGCAAAGAGCUUUACAAUUGCAUAAAGGAGGCAAUGGAGCGCGGUGGCACGCCCACCAAUGUCCCCGAGCUGGGCGGCGAGUUUCCCGUCCAGGACAUGAACACGGGCGAGGGCGGCCUGCUGCAGGUGUGCCUCGAGGGUGUCGGUUUGUUGUUCUCCAACAGCAAGGAUUUCGAGUUCUUCGUUCGGCUGGACCACAUCCGCAAGUGCUUCACCCAGAAGGGCGGUAUCUUUGUGCUGGAGGAGUACAAUCCCAAAACGCGCAAUCUCAUCCAAAGGAAGUACCAGUCUAGCAUGUCCGAUCAGAUUUGCUACUCGGUGCUGUGCGUCUUCUCCUACGUGGCGGCUGGCCAGGACCAGAAGAAGAACCCGGUGGUCAUAACGCCCCAGAUCCAGGACAUCCACGCCCAGCAGAAGCAGAAGCAUCAGCAGCAGCAGCAGAAGCAGCAGCCCCAUCCCUCGCCGCAAUCUCAUCCAGGACCUUCAGCCGCGUCUACCCCGCCCCCUGUCCAAGCCAAACCCAAGGCCCAAGGAGGUACCGGAGGCAACAUCUCCAUACGGCAUACUGUGCCCAUGCAGAAGCCCACCAUCACCAUGUCCACGGUGCAGCCGCAGGCCAGGAUGCCCCUGCAAACAGUAGCUCCUCCCCCUGUGGCCGCCGCUGCGCCACCGCCGCCCGGAAAGCUGCCCCAGCUGCCGCCGCGAGUGCCCUCCCAACCAUCGACCGAGAGCCUGGCCUCCAUCAGCUCGCCGCCGCCCAAGCUCCGGACCGGACCCCCGCCAGCCAUCCCACCCCGCACCGGAGCCAUCGCCCGAAGCGGAUCGGUGCCGGCAGCCUCCCGGGCCUUCGUCCGCCAGGCUUCCGCCAACUCGACGCCGCCGCAGUACACACCACAGCCGCCGCCGCCCUUCGUCAUACCCAAGCGGCACGGAGGCGGCCUGGCCCGAGCCUCCACCUUGUCGGCGGCUCCGGCCUCCGCCUCCUCCGGCUCCCCCUUCGGGCACGCCCAUCCGCAGGCGCAGCAGCGCGCCAGCCAUGGCAGCGUCGCUGCCUCUGUGCUCCAGUCCAUGCCGGAGACGGAGCCCGGCUACGGAUCUGGAUCCGGCUCCGGUUCGAGUUCAGGCUCCGGCUCGGCCUCGGGCUCCAUUGCCAGCGCCUCCCCGCUGGCCCACCGCAAGCACUGACGAAGGAGUUCGUUCUUCAAGUUCGGAGGGGGUGCCGCCGCAGCCCCAGCCCCAGCGGGGGGCGGGGGUGGCGGACACAUGGGGGAGGAGCCGCACCCCCAUCCCCACCCCCGUCGCGAGGUGUGCCGCACCAUUUGCAUCCCGUGGCUGUGAUCGAAGAGGUCGCAGCCGCCGCAGGAGCCGUUCAGUUCGCGUUAACUUAGCUAGAAAAAGGCCAAACAGAAAGGACCUCCAGGAUAUCCUUGCAGUGGCUUAAAUACAGUAUAUUUGUUGUUGAGAAGUGUAGGUUUUAGUUAAUAACAAUAUUUUAUUCGAGGGGUAGACGAGUGUUCUUGUUGAGAGUUUUAAGAGUAUAUGUAGAGUUUCCAGAGCCUCCCUUUCGCUGCAAGGAGUCCGGAGGUCCUGUGGCGCAUUGUUUCCAUAUGCCAGUUAUGCUAUAUAUAUAUACAGUAAUGAACUAUAUUCGAUUCUAGCCAAAUCAUAUCAUUAGCCGCAUUAGCCGCUUCAGUCAGCUACUAAGCCCCAUAGACGAAUUGUUUCCUGCUAAGCUUUAAGGCAGAUGGCGCCACUGAGAACCACUUACUCGCUUUACCUACCUAUCUAUAGAUCAUAGUAGACACGGGGACUCGACUUUGGGAUCGGGGCAUAUUGUACAUAUGCCCAGCAGGGCACAAACCACAAACAGAAAUUGAAGGCAAUCUAGUUAGGGAUAAAGUAUCUACACCAGGUAGACCCAACACCCACAUCUUCGCUGUGUCUGUGUAUCUACGAUCAGAAAUCUAAACUUAAAUAUAAAUAAAAUUAUAUAUAUAUAUAUUUGUGGUAAAGGAAUUUAACUAGUUCUACAAUCUAAACCAAUCCAAACAGAAGAAGGGAAGAGGAGGUGGAAGCUUAAGGUAUUAGGCCCAAGGUCCUUGGGAGUAAGCGAGUUACACUUUUAAGGAAUUGUCAGGGAACACUAAGGACGAGGGGACUCCAAGGAGAGCAAUACGCAUGUCUGUCAUAUACAAUACAAGAUAUAUACUAUACAAUAUACUAUAUAAUAUACAUACCGAGUAAUAACUAUUUUUGUUUGCUGGUUCUGGAUGUUGACAAAAACAUUGUAAGAUUGUAAGGAUAAUCCAACAACAAUAGUGACUCUCCUGCGAGCACCCAUAAAAAUAUAAUAUACAUAUAUAUGGUACUUGACCUAAUCGUGUAUAUACCAACUAUAUGAUCGGUUGAUUGUAUUUUUCAAAGUUCAAACAGAAAUAAUAAACAAAACAAAGAAAGUGUG